AUGUUCGGGAAGAAAGAACAGAACACCCCCAUGGCUCCGCAGGCUGAAUCUGAGAAGCACAACAGCGACUCAAAUUCUCCUAGCAACCACUCGCUGACUUCUUCCUCCGCCGAUUUCGAGAAGGGCUCGGGUUCCGGCGAUGCGCUGCCGGCCGAGGACACAAGGCCGGGCGCGAAAGCUGGGCUGUCGCUGUCCCAAUUCUGGGUUGUUAUGCUUGGAUUGAAUAUUGGCAUGCUUCUCGCGGCGCUGGACUUCAACAUUGUCGCUACCGCGGUUCCAAUCAUCUCUUCCGAAUUCAAUGCGUACAACAACUCUUCCUGGCUGGGAACCGGUUUCCUGGUGACCUUUGCCCUGGUCCUGCCCUUGUACAGCAAACUGGGCGACAUCUUCGGUCGUCGGAACAUGUUCAUCGUCGGAACUGUGAUCUUUACUCUCGGCAGCGGUAUCUGUGGCGGCUCCAAGAGCAUGGACAUGCUGAUCUGGUCCCGAGUGGUUCAGGGGAUCGGUGGCGGUGGGAUCUACGGAUUGGUCAAUGUAAUCAUCACGGACCUGGUCCCCCUGCGUGAUGUCGGUAAAUACAUCUCAUUCACCGGAUUGGUCUGGGCCAUUGCGGAUGUCGCUGGCCCCCUUCUUGGAGGUGCUUUUUCUCAGUACGUCACAUGGCGGUGGUGCUUCUACAUCAACCUAUGUAUCUCGCCUAUUAGUCUUCUGAUCACCAUCUUCUUCCUCCGCCUGCCGACCCCCAAGUUCGACAAGGAGCGGAUCAAGAACUUCGACAUCCUCGGUACCAUGACCCUCAUCGGCGGCACCACCUGUCUGCUGAUGGCCAUCUCCUGGGCUGGUAACAACUUCCCAUGGGCUGAUUCCCGCGUCAUCGGCUGCUUCGUGGGCGGGUUCGUCCUACUGGUCCUCUUCGUUGUUUGGGAGCACUUCGCCAAGGACCCGCUCAUGCCGCCGUCAUUCCUGCACAAACCCGCCAUCAUCGCCAUCUUCAUCGCCGAGUUCUUUUACGGGGCUAAUCUUCUCGGAAUGAUGUACUACGUGCCUCAGUUCUUCCAACUGGUCUACGGUGACUCCGCCACCAUCUCCGGCGUCGCUCUCCUGCCCAUGAUGCUGGGCCUCGCCAUCGGAAACCCCGUCGCUGGUUGGGUCACCAGCAAAUGGGGCCUGACUCUGACAAACGCCUGGGUCGGUGCCGGCCUGACAACGCUAGCCAGCGGCCUUAUCACCCGCUGGCACGCAGGCACCAGCCGCGGAGAGGCAAUUGUCGAGCUGAUCAUUAUCGGUAUUGGACAGGGAGCCGUCAUGGAGGGUCUACUUGUCGGAUCGCAGUUCCUGGUGGAGCCCAUGCAUAUCGGUCUAAUUACUGGAAUGGUGAUCUUCCUGCAGACCGUCGGCGACAUGUUCGGGAUUGCUAUCUACGCCGCGCUGUACCAGAACAAGCUGCGCUCCAACCUGGCCCAGCUCACGGCAGCAUUGACCUCGGAGCAGAUCGGGGUUAUCCUGGCCGACGUGCAGAAGGUCAAGGACGAGUUUUCCGGUGAACUGUACCACACGAUCAUCGAGGUGUACGCCAAGAGCUUGCAGAAUGGCUGGUGGUGGUUGUUUGCCUGUGCGGCUGCUCUGUUGAUCAGCUCUUGUUGUGCGAAGCAGCGGAAGUUGUAA